AUGACUGUCACUCCUUGUUCUCUUCCAUGUGUCAUUAGGGAGCAGUUGAGGUCCCAUUACAACCUAGGUUGCCACUGUGAUAACAGUGAUUAACAGAUGCACAGCUUUACCCAUCUUUCCUGCCACCUCAAUGGCUUCACGUUGAAUGGAAAUGGGCCCAGCCCUCUGGCUGUGUAUGAGAACCCUGAACCCCUAACUGGACCUUGGGCCAUUCCAGAGGAAACCACAGCCCCAGCUGGAAACCAAGAUGAAGAACUUCUAGAAGAUCCCAAUCUUCAUUUGGAUAUUAAAGAAUCAAACAAGGGGUUCAUGGCAGAAAGUAAAGAACUAUACGAUUCCCUCAUGAGCUGUCACUGGCAUCCUCUGGAUACCACCCUGUUCAAUAUCCCCGAUGAGCCCCACCCCACCCCCCCAAUGUGA